AUGACUAACUCACAUCUUGCUACAUCUUUUGACUAUAUUGUCAUAGGUGGAGGCACAGCCGGCCUUACGGUUGCGUCUCGCUUGACUGAAGAUGCCCUCAUCCGUGUUCUGGUGGUCGAGGCCGGUUCGGAUAAUACGCAGGACCCUCUUGUCCUGACACCAGGUCUUGUCGGUGGACAGUUCGGUCAUGAAAAUACGGUGCACACGCCUGGUCCAAGAGCUCGUGCUGUCACUGGACUAGACGGGUAUCAUGACGACACGCUAUCAUUCAAUGGACCUGUGCAGGUUUCCUUCAGCGAGGAAUACACUUCGGCUGUUCAAGGAGCAUGGAUCGAAACCUUCAAUGCCCUGGGUUGGAACACCACGGCUGACCCGCGAACCGGUAAAGCCAUUGGCGCCUUCCAACAUCCAGCGAGCAUUGAUCCUAAUACAAAGACAAGAAGCUCGUCAGCAACCGCUUAUUAUGGUGACGACGUUCGCACGCGAAAGAAUCUGGUCGUUCUUACGGAGGCAGUUGUCAAAAAGGUUACGACCAAGAAGCAUGGAGACGAUGUUAUUGCAACAGGAGUUGUUGUCCGAACCGAGGAAACAGACAAAAUCAUCAUCGCGACAAAAGAAGUUAUCCUAGCUGCAGGAGCAUUGCAGUCUCCUCAGAUACUGGAGUUGUCCGGCAUCGGUGGACGGGAACUGCUGGAAAGCCAGGGGCUUCCCGUCAUCAUAGACAAUCCUGGCGUCGGGGAGCAUCUGCAGGAUCACGCUAUUGUCUGUCAGAGUUUUCAGGUUGCUGAUGGCAUCCCAUCCGCUGAUGCAUUCCGUGACCAGUCUCUCGUUAAGGCUGCUGCAGAGCUGUAUUUGAAAGACAACGGGGCUGGUCCGCUCGGUAUGAGUCCACUGGUCAGUGCUCAACUCUCACUAGUGGAUAAGUCAGGCCCAGUCUCCAAGGAUGAAAAGAAAGCUCUCUUGGAUAGUCACCUCGAACGGAACGUCGAGUCAGACUGCCUCCGGACCGUGAUUUUAGAGCCUGAUGAGCCCACUGCUCAGUACCUCUUCGUACCAUUCCAAUCGAACAUUACAGCGGAUCCCAAGCAUCUGAGAGAGUUUCUCACACCAGUACAUCCUGAAAACUAUAUCACUGUCAUCACAGUCCUGAACCAUCCCUUGUCACGAGGAUCUGUCCACAUAACUUGCCCUGAUAUCGAUGUUAAGCCUGCGUGGGACCCGAAAUACAUGUCUCACCCUCUUGACAUCGAGAUUAUGGCACGCCAUGUACAGUACGUAGAGAAAAUCAUCAGCACAGCACCUUUCAGCGCAGCCCUUAAGCCUGGGGGCAAAAGGCUGCCUAUCCUUGUGGGGAAUCGCCUCGAUGACGCCAAGGAGAUCGUGCGUCAACGUCAGAUCUCCAUUUUCCACCCUAGUGGCAGUUUGCCCAUGCUGCCGAGAGCACAGGGUGGUGUCGUCAAUGAGCGCUUGCUCGUACACGGUUGCAAAAACUUGCGUAUAGUGGACGCAAGUAUAUUCCCCUUGCAGACGGUUGGGACUAUUCAGGCUACGGUAUAUGCUGUGGCCGAGAGAGCUGCGGAUUUCAUCAAAGAGGACCGGAAGGCAUGA